AUGUGUUGUUCGAGAAAAUAAAAAACUAACACUUAAAGAGAGGAAAUAAAUAAAUUAGGAAAACUCACAAGACUUACAGAAACUGAAUUGAUAGAAUUAAAAACUCGAUUUGCCAGAAUGUCACAAGGUUCUAAUUUUGUUACUAAGUUUUAAUUUCGAGAUAAUUUGGGUUUGCUUGGUAUGGGCACAAUGUUGCAUUUAUCAGACAGAAUCUUCCACAUAAUGGAUGAUGAUAAGGAUGGUAAGGUAUGUUUUUAAAUGAAAUCUAUUUAGAUUCGGUUUGAAGAUUUUGCCUUAUAUUUUGAUAAAGUAAGUCAUGGAGAUGCUAGAGAAAAGGCGGAGAUAAGUUUUAAGUUGAUUGAUAAGAACAAGGUUGGAAGCUUCACAUCAGCCGAAUUUAAUGAUACAAUGUAAGGAGUGAUUAAUAGUUGGAUAGCCAUGACUGGGUAAAACUUAACCAGCGAAACUAAGAAACAGAUUGAUUAAAGAAUUAAAUUAAUUUUCUAAACCAUGGAUGUUGACAAAGCUGAUAAAGUUACAUUACAAUAAUAUCAGGAUUCUGUAGUUGCAGAUCCAGCACUUUUAGAAAUAUUUGACUUUGCUAGAAGAGGUGUUACUCUAGAAACUAUUGAUUUUAGUAUAUAGCAAUAAUCCAGAUAUGUACAGAACAUUGAAAAAAAGCUAGAUCAUUUGCUAGAAUUUAUGAAAUAGGACAAUAAGAAGCAGGAUAAAGAACUUCCUCAUUUUGUUUAAGGUACUACCGAAUAGGAGUAAAAAGUAAGAAAUAGUUAAGUUGAAAAUCUUCACUCUCCAAUUAUUAGUCUAUUUAAAUAUGAGAGUGAAGAAAAUAAUCACAAUACUAAUAACAAUAAUAAUGAUUAAUCGAAUAAUAAAUUCUUUACUUCAGAGUAAUUUGCAUCUUUUAAUUACAAUCAUUCUAACGAACUAUCAAUAGAACAUUUAAAGAAUGAUUAAAAUUAGGAUUUUUCAUUUUAUGGAUAAUAAAAACCUAAAUAAAAACAGAAAGCUUUAUUUCAAUAAGUUCCAUAGAAAGAAAUUGAAGGAGACAACUAAGAACCUCGAGAAGAAGAUCAAUUUAAUUAGACAGAUCAAAGCUUUGAGAUAGAUCCAGAGAAAAAUCAUUUCAAUUAAUAUGUUGAUUAAAUGAGCACUGAUUAACUCAAAGACAAAUACAAGUCAAUGAUUACAUGUGUGUAAGAAAUCAGUAAGGAAGUGUAAAGGUUGAGAGAAUUAAUUGAUCAAAACCAAGUCAAACAAUAAAAGAUGGACAUCAUAGAUUAGAUUAAUGAAUAAAGACUUCAUACUAUUAUAAAUAUACCAAGAAAGCAAUCUUCCAUUAAAAAUUAAAAACAAUUGAAAAAACCAAAAAUCAGCGUUUCAUUUGGUCAUGAAAAUUUUAAUUUAGUUUUAAAUAUGAUGAUUGGAAUACAAAUGGCAGUAAGUAGUAUUAACAUAGCUGAUGAUUAUGAAGUAGGUCCAAAGGAUUUUAAAUUAAAAUAUUACUUUGAACUUCUGCCAAGGAGAGCAUAAGGUGAUAAGAGUUCUUUUAAAGUAUGUUAAUUCUUCGAUUAUGCUCCACGAGUAUUCAAUAGUAUUAGAACUAUAUACGGAAUUGAUAAUCAUUAGUAUCUAAAAAGUAUUGGACCAGAAUCUAUAUUACAAUCAUUAAUAAAAGGGGAUUUGUCAUGUUUAUAGGAAUUGACAUCAACAGGAAAAAGUGGAAGUUUUUUCUAUUAUACAGCUGAUGGACAAUUCACCUUAAAAACAAUUCAUCACCAAGAAUUCAGAUUUCUAAAAUAAAUUAUGAGGAAUUAUUAUUACCAUCUCAAAAACUAUCCAGAAACUCUUAUUAUAAAGUAAUAUUACCAUUUAAAUAAAGAUUAUUUGGAAUGCAUAAGAUUGGAAUAAAGUAUUAAACUAUGCUAAGAGAGAAAGUUAUAUAUUUUGUUAUAAUGAGUAAUGUCUUUUCAACGAACCAAGAAAUCAAUGUGAGGUAUGACUUGAAGGGUUCAACUUACGGAAGAUACACUUUUGAUAAGUAAAGAAUAUUUGUUUAAAAUAAGCGAUCCUACUGUUGCUAGAAAGGACUUGAAUUUCUUAGCAGAUAUAGAAAAGAAUAUAAAACUGAAUAUCAAUAAGAAUAAAUCUAUGUUGUUUUUCAAUUAAUUGGAAAAGGACUGCAAAUUCUUUGAAGAGAAUGAUAUUAUAGAUUACAGUCUCUUAUUAGGGUUGCAUCUUAAGGGAAACAAAUAACUUGAUAAUGAAUCCUCUGUGUAUUCAGAAAAUCCUUAAUAUGAUAACUUUAGUAAGAUGGUAACCGUUGACAAUCAAUAUACUUUACAUAUUGGAAUAAUUGAUAUUUUAACAAACUUCAGCACAAAGAAGAAAUUAGAGUUUUUAUCAAAGAGAGUAAUUUAUGGCCCAACAAUAUCAGCCAUACCUCCAAGAGAUUAUGCGGAAAGAUUUCUAAAGUUUUUAAAAGAUCAUUUAUUUGCGAAUUGA